CAGAGCGCAGAGCGCAGCGCUGAGGAGGGAGCAUCGGGGCUCUGCUGGCUUCUAUUGUCCUCAUGGUGAGACGAGCUUUGUGCCAGAUGUUCCUCAGGAGUUGGCGAAGACACCGCGUGCUCCUCCUCCUGCCCUCUGCCUGUUGUAAAUAUCCUGGAACAGAGAGAGCAGCUGAGCUGUCCACAUUCUGGAGGCUCCUCAGCCCAAACGAUCACAGGAUGUUCUGUGUCCUCAAACUAUGAAGAGGCUGCAACAGGAUCCGAGACAUGCAGGCAAGUUCCCAGAAGUCAGCGGCCACUGGACUGGGAGUUCCAGAGAAGUUAGACUGGGUGGUUUAACCAGCUGGUAAAGUGCUGCAGUCACCGCUGGCUCCAGUGUUUCUUCCACCAACCACACUGUGUAUGGAUGGUGCUGUGCUGGUGUGUGUUGUUGUUGAGGAAUGCAGCAGCACAGACAGCCAGACACACUCCUGUCUGUCGCUAAGCUCCACACAGUAUUUUAGGGGAGAUGGUUCGGCACAGCACGGCACGGCAGUCAGUGGCUGUCCGUCGUUAAGUCCUCUGACAGGGUGUGACCUGGAGUGAUAGUUCCUGACUGACCUGUGCUAUGAAGACCCAGAAGGCCCGAGGUGUCAAGCCAACUUCCCCAUCUGGGCGGCGGAAGUCUCGCUUCACCUUACGAGGCAGAAAGAAAAAAGACAGGGUGAUCCGAGGCAAGCUUCGAAUCCGCUCCCUGCCUGGAGCCUUCCUGGUGCUGGGGGUCAUUGUAGUGGUUGUCGGAACUGCCCUGGCUGUGGCGGGUUACUGGCCCUACCGGAUAUCAAGAUCAUCCAUCCUGGGAGCAACAGACGGGGAAAGCAUCUCUGAGUCACAGACUUCAGGCUGGAGUCUGGGAGCUAAGGGUCUCCUGUCCACAGCCAGCCUCAUCCACAAUGAACGGAUGAAGCUGUUGGGGCCUGUCAUCAUGGGGGUUGGACUGUUCAUCCUCAUAUGUGCCAACACGGUCCUGUAUGAGAACAGGGACAGAGAGACUAAGAUGCUGCUGGCCCAGAUGCGGAGUGUUAUCUGCUCUGUGUCUGCAGUUGUGCCCUCAGCCGACCUUAAAGAAAUAGCAGUAGCCAACUCGAUGGCGAAACAUUACCAGUGGGUGAGCAGUUUACCAGCUGCCCAUCUCAACAUCCUCUGUCUGCAGCAGCUGGCCAGCUCUGAGCCCCUGCUCCAGACCAGACACCCCAGAGAACUUGAGGACAGCGUGGAGGGCAUCUACCAGCAAGCUGUUCUCCAGACAGAAGCCCUCCACCACCAGGAAUCAGAGCCGCCACCUUCCCUCCAGUCCUCCCACUCCAACUCAUAUAAUUCCAGUGAGACAAACUUAAACAUACAGUCUGGUGCUGAGCAGAGAGGCAACUUCAAUGUGCCGGCUUCCCCACUUGUCAAGCUCAGCAACUGCCUGGUGUCUGCCAGUUCCAUGUCCACCCUGGGGGACGAGGUGGAUAUUCCAGCUGCCCAGCCGAGGCGUUGCCAUAGUAUGAGCUACAGGACUAACCCUCACAUAGCCCAAGCUGGUGUGCGCAUCCAGGAAGGUCUCCACACACCCAGAGAGGAGGGUCAAAUAAACCAGCUUGUAGCCUUGAGGAGAGAGGCUGGUUCACAGGUUUGUGUGGACAUCCUGGGACAUGUUGUGGAUGCUGUGGAGGAGCAGACUCACCAAAGCUGGCCUCGGUUAGACCUGGGUAGUGGCAGGCGAUACCUGAAGCUAGAGAACAAAGAGGACUCAGUGGACAAGCUGCUGGACCAGUUAGAGCAGCAGUGUUCACAGUGGGAUAAGAGCUUUGGCUCUGGACCUUUUCAGUGAUGGAGUAAUCAUAUUUUACCCUGGAUUCAGAAAUUGCACCGUUUGUUUUUAAAUUCUGCGUGAGGCAGAGAGAAACUGAGCCCUGGACCGUUUGGAGUAUUUCUCACAAGGAUUUUCCAAAACAUGAGCAUGUUCUCAUUCUUCCGUGGAAUAUUGAUACACAGAGUAUGUUUUUUGUUUGGCUGAAUGUGGCAGAUGUUUAUAGAAUUGAAGGACAUGAACAAUAUACAGAUCCUACAGGUCGUAAAGACUGUUUACUUCAGUUUGGGUUGCCAGCAGAGCAAGAAAUUAACUUGUAUCUUGAUACCGAAAUGUGUUUGCCUGUUUCCAGGACACAAUGUGCACAACCAAAUGAAGAAGAGAUAUAAGGAUGUCACUUUAUGGAGGAUUGUUUUCACUGUGCAAUCAUUUUUGAACCAAACUACCUGGACCCCUGAGCCCAUAAAGUGCUGACAGCUCUUAACAAAUACGACUAGUAUUUGAAAAAAGGGACCUUUCCUCAGCUGAGGUCCCAUACUCCAAAUGCAAUGCAUGGCAGCGAUGUACAGUAUGUUACAUCUUAAUAAUUAUGCAGAAUAAUGUCAUUGUUGGUCUUAUGUCUAUAAGAAGUAAUGAUCGUGAAAGGGUGAUUCUGGUUUAUUCAUGUUUGGGUCUAAUUGUCUUAUGUUUGGCUGUUAUUCAUACAGAAUCAGGUGAGAUAACAUUGUAGUCACCAAAGCUGCUCUCAGACAUGCAAUGAACUCUGGAGAACCUCGGUACAUCUCUGAAGGGGCGCUAUGUGCGAAUGCAAAGGUCAGAGUGAGAGCCUCCGGACAUUCUGCAGACUUUCUCCUUCCAGUCUCCUCGUAAAAUACAGUAGAAUGUCUGAAGCAGCCAAUAUGAGAACAUAGCAGGAGAUCCUCUGUGGUAUUUUUCAAGCGAGUGGGCGUGUUGAUGUUUCUAACACGCGACAGACACAAAAGGAAAAAAACUAAAGGAAAACAAAUAUCUCAGGAUAAAAAAGCGGUGCCAUACACGCAGAAGACACAGACGAAGAUGUCGAGAACUUUUGGUGAUUAAGGUGUCGACAAAAACAUGUUAUCUCUGCAGUGUAAUGAUUAUGUUACAUCCUGCCGUUGCCUGCUGCACCACCCCUCACCUGAACACUCAAUUUCUGUGUUGUUGUGAAUGCGAGAAUCUCCUGCUGUGUUGUUCAUGUGUGAAUGAGAUUGUCUGGACCCAAUUUUGCAGACACCCUCCAGAGGACAUGUCUGAAACCGGCUCAAGUGAAUUGCUGAUGCCUGGGAACAUGAUUACAUUGUCUAUCUCUUAACUGUGAUGACUGUUUUAAUGGACUCUUUGGAUAAUAAUGAUGCAGUCUUCUUAUGGGCAAAUUGUCAUUGCCAUGGGCCCUGGCAUUAUUUUCAGGUGCAUAUCUGUCAUUCAUGUAAUAGCAGUUAAAUGGUUUUGUCUAGUGGUGUUUAACCCUUUACCUUUUCUUUAAAGAAAUUCACUAUCACAGUAAGGGUUACAGUUUGUACAAGAACUGUACAAACAACAUGUUGACUGUCGUUAGCACUGUUUUCAGUGGCUCUAAAGAUGUAAUGAUCAGAGGAAUGUUUCCUCUGUCAGUUAUAGGCAGUAUAGGUAACAACAUUGUCCCGUUCUGUUUCGGAAUCUUUUAUUUUAAACUUAAAAGCAGCAGAAAAUAACAUUUAAUAUAGUUUGCAACACACUGUUGUUCUUAUAGAAUACGUUUUUCAACAACUAUAACUCCCUACGCAGGCUUUCUUAAAUGAAGCUGCUUUAUAAACUUAAUAAAUAAAAAUAUAGACAUUUUAUAUAAAAUAUUCAUUUUAAGGUACACUUAAUAAAUAAUAUUGUACAUCAACAAGCACUUAAAAUAUCAUAAUAGCUAUAUACAACUAUAGUAUUGUAUAGUAAAAACUAUUAUAUGUUGCAAAUAAAUAGUUGGACUUCUGUGGCCUGUACUACGAAGCAGGAUUUUCUCUUAUCGGGGUAACUUCAGGUUCAGCUCAGAGUUUUCAGUCCUAUGAAGCUUGUUUAAUUCAUAUAUAUAUUCAUAUCCAGCACUGACCAAUCAAUUCCUUUGAAACAUGACAUCACCGUUCUUGGAGGAUCCCAUGGAGCAAAUCAAAAAACAGGAUCCCGUGGAGCUCAGUGUGCGGAUUGUUAGAGGGUUUCUGAGGGGGACAAGGGUCUUCAGAGACCGACAAAAUCCUUUUACCUACUCUGAUGAGUAUCUUUAUGAAAUAUAUAGUUUCUCAUCAGAGGGAGUGAUAAACCUGUGUCAGCUGCUGGAGCCGAACAUAACCAACCUGACACCUAGCAAUGUGCUCACAGUACCACAGACUGUCUGCAUUGAUUUACAUUCCUUUAGUUGUGGGAGUUACUGAUAUUGAUGUACUGUGUGUGUUAGCAGUGGGAUAACCCAACAUAGUUUUAUACUUAUAUCCUUCCCUUUAACUUUAUCCUAUGAAAUUAAAUAUUUAUUUGGAAAAUGGGGGAUAUAUAGUUUACAGAUUUACCUUUUGACAGCCCCCAUCCCUCGUGCAGUCAGCUGUCAUCAAUAUGACACUACACUCCUUAAGGGAGGGAUAAGGGAAGUAUAAAACAAUGUCCGGUUGGUUAAGUCAAUCCCUGCCGCUAUCACACCCAGUACACCUCAGUCUCUCCCUGUUUCCAAAUAUGCGAGAAGCAUCCUGUCACCAACAUACCUAAUGCGCACAGUCACCUACUGUGCACCAUGGCACACGAAAUGUCCAUAUGAUUUUAUAUUAUGCCUCAGAGUCAGUGCAGACAGUGUGUGUCAAGUUCUAUAUUUUUUUCCCUAAUGUCACCGGGGACUCUGUAAUUUACACUUUCACACAAUCAGAGAUUCUUAGCCAGCUUCUCUACCUGCAUUUAGCAGCUGUGACUGUGUUUAUUUUUGGUCUGGAUAAUGUGUUUGUACUCCUCAUAUUUUUCUAAUAUAACAGCCUGGGUGGACUUAACGAGUUGUAACCAUCUCCGUGAGGCGACAGGAUUUGUUAAAUUAAGUCAAAACAGAUUACGGAAAGAUAUCCAGGAUAUGUUGAGCUCGCUUCAUAGUACAGGCCCCAGGUGUUUCCAACAAACACCUGGUAGCACAGACAGAUUACUGCAAACGCAAACAGUGUUACCCAAUUAGUUAAUAGAACUGUCUGAUCUUAUGACUUCUGUUCAGUGACAUCCCAGAGCUCAGAUACUGAUGAACUUGGUGAUUACAGUGUUGUAAUUGCUCUAAGGAAGGAUGGUUAAAACAUGAAAGAAGUCAAAGCGGAUAAAAUAGUGACAGCGGAUUUCUCUUUGUUGUCCUCCUGGUUGUCUCCAAUAUUAGUUUGUAAUGAAGACAGGGACAUGUCCCUUGUGUCUUCUUCAGAACUUCUUCUUUCACAAUGCACUCACCAUUUAUGAGGAUGCCAUGCUCACACACAUCAAUCCCCACCCCCACGCUCCCCAACCUUUGAUCAAAUGGACAGAAUGGAUUGUGCAGACGAGGCUUGCCUGCAGAUCAGUUUUCUUGCAUACAGCUGAGUGUGUGCUAAAGACUCUGUUCAGCCCUGGUAUUAGAAUGUGUCUCCACAUGUGUCUCCAGUGACACUUCCCCGCUCGAUAUGCAAAUACAGACAAAACUAAUUUAUUUUGCAAAGACCAAAUAUAUUAAAAAAUGAUUUUAACAUGUUGGAAGCAACAAUGCACGUUCUGUGCCCAGUGUGCUUGAAAUUGAAAAGAAGAAGAGAUCAAGAUAUUAUAGACAAGUGGCUCAAGAUGUUUGACACACUUGUAAUACAUCCAUAUGGGCUUUUUAAAGAUUCAGACAUCAAAGCCAGCGUCUGUAUGUUUUCGUACUUCUGCAUCCACAGUGGAAAGACCCAGCUGAAGAGACGGUCUGUUAAUGCGGCCGAGGGCACCUUCAUGUUCACACUGCUAAAAGAAUAAAGCCAUCGUGUCUCAGACCAUCUUGGUUGUGUUAACACCUGCACUUAGAGCUGUCCUCUUGUAAUUGAAUCACCCAAGAUGCAUGUUAACGCUCUGUCUGAACAGUGCCAUAAAGGAAUGAGUAUGUAAAUCAGAGUCUCAUGCCCCCUACUCCUUUGCCCCGUUCCCUUUACACCCAGUGCUAAUGUGGAGAGGGGACUCCUCCUUGUUUGAAUCAACAGUCUUUCUCUGGUUUUCUUUCUCUAUGUGCUGCCUGUUCUGUAUGCCAUGUGUGACACUUUGUGUUCUAAAUGUAUACCAAGCAAUAUGAUCUGUCUAAGAGAACAACCAAUGGCUGUGUCUUGCCCUGUGUCGACCACCAAAUUAAACAACGUUGCCAUGCCUUUGUUGCAAAUAUAAAGUAAAGCAAAAGCA